AUGGGCUCAGAAGAGAAAGCUGCUCCUAAAUUUAAUGCCACAUUUUUUCGUCCUGCAAAUUUCUAUCUCAGUGGGUUUUCCAACAUUCCUCAUGUGAAGUAUUACUAUGUCUUCCUGUGUUUCGUCUAUAUCCUGACUGUUCUUGGGAAUGUCCUCCUUAUCUCAGUUAUCUACCUGGUCAAGACUCUUCAUACGCCUAAGUACAUGAUUGUGUUCAACCUGGCUUUGGCAGAUUUGUGUGGGAGCACCGCUCUCAUCCCAAAACUCUUGGACACAUUUUUGUUCAACAGGAGAUACAUUCUCUAUGAGGCUUGUUUAAGUUCUAUGUUCUUUGUUUUGAUAUUUGCAAGUGUGCAGUUGUGGACACUUGUCACUAUGGCUUAUGACAGAUUUGUUGCUAUUUGCUUCCCUUUGAGGUACCACAGUAUUGUAACUAAACCAGCUAUUGCUGCAAUGCUGCUGUUUAUGUGGAUUUUUUUAUUGAGUCUGUUAGUGUUAACUGUUGGACUUAUUGAUCGCCUCUCCUUCUGUGGAUCUGUGGAGGUAAAAAGCUUUUUCUGUGAUCAUGCACCAGUCUAUCGUCUGGCCUGCAAUGACACGUCUUUAAAUAACAUAAUGGCAUGGAUUGCUUUCGCUAUACUACUCUGUUUUCCUCUUAUAUUGAUUGGGCUCACAUAUGUUAGCAUUUCCAUAGCACUGAGCAGGAUUGCAUCAGCAGAGGAACGACUCAAAGCAUUGAAAACUUGUACUUCUCACCUGAUCCUUGUAGCUAUUUUCUUCCUACCCAUUGUGGGCACCAACAUAGCUGCAGUGACCUCCUACAUUCAUCCUAAUGCCAGGAUCAUAAACUCCUCUUUGACACACACCAUACCUGCUUUGCUGAAUCCUAUUGUAUAUUCUUUAAAGACAGAGGAAGUGCUGAACUCUAUCAGGAAACUUUGCAAAAGAAAUAGACUUAGCAAUAUAACCUCAUCCAAAAAGAUGAAGCCUGUAUCGCUGCAGUAA